CCUCCAGCCUUUUUUCCGGUUGCUUAGCAACCGAGGCAACCGCCAGGCGAAGCGCGGGCCCUCCGUUGAGGGUCUGGGCCAAGGGGACGCGUUGGCACGCUUGGGUGAAUGUCGCCGUCCCGGAUGACAGUCGUCGUCGUCGUCGUCGGUGCCUUUUACUUCUACGCUUUGGAAAGCCCAGGACGCCCAUAAGCGCUCGCCUCCGCGAAUGGGAGACCUGUCGCAAUCAUGGCAACAAACGAGCCUCGCUGCCGUUUGUUGUCUUUCGGGCGCUUUCUGGGCUUCGAAAAGUCUUCCGACGAGGUUCGAGAGAAAAACGUGUCCUCGUCAGCUUGGCGUGGUCACAUAACCCGAGGAAAAAAGCCCAGAUGUCUCUUUCUAAGCGCCCUAAACGUGUAGAGAUUUUACUUUUUAUUGUUGGCAAUGUCCAUUAUCUUGUCUGCCUCAGUGGUCCGUGUGAGAGAUGGACUCCCUUUAUCUGCUUCUACUGAUUAUGAGCAAAAUACAGCUGUACAGGAAUGCCGAAAGUACUUUAAAGGUCUUGCAAAGAGACUCACUGAGCUUCCAGACCGAUGCACCUUACAAGCAGGAAAGUAUAACAUAAACUUUAUUAGUUCUCUGGGAGUGAGUUACAUGAUGCUGUGCACUGAAAAUUACCCCAACGUCCUUGCCUUCUGCUUCCUGGAUGAGCUUCAAAAGGAGUUCAUUACCACAUACAACAUGAUGAAGACAAAUACAGCAGUCAGACCAUACUGUUUCAUUGAAUUUGAUAAUUUUAUUCAGAGGACCAAACAAAGAUACAACAAUCCACGAUCUCUGUCAACAAGGAUAAAUCUUGCUGACAUGCAAACAGAAAUUAGACUGAGACCACCUUACCAGAUUUCCAUGUCAGAACUCUGUUCAGCCAAUGGAUAUCCAUAUGGAUCUCUACAAGAAAACAAAGAUACAAGAAAAAUGUCUCCAGCCCCUCACCAACGACUGGAACCUGUGACACUACCGGGAAUUGUUUCCUUUCUUCUUAGCCUUUUAUGUGCUGCUUUGAAUUUAAUUCGUGGUUUUCAUGCUAUAGAGAGUCUUCUACAGAAUGAAGAAGAUGACUUCAGUUUUGUUAUCGCCUUUUUCCUUGGCACAGCAGCUUGUUUAUAUCAGUGCUAUCUAUUUGCAUAUUGCACGAGCUGGCGGAACAUUAAAUCUUUCCUAACAUUUGGCUUAAUCUGCUUGUGUAAUAUGUACCUUUAUGAAUUGCGCAAUCUCUGGCAGAUCUUUUUUCAUGUGACUGUGGGUGCUUUUUUAACGUUGCAAAUCCGGCUAAGGCAGCCACAAGGAAAAGCUCCCGAUUACAAUGUGUGACGGAUGUCCUCUGAUAGUUUCACGGCAAACUUCAUCCGAACAGUAUUCUUCUCAGGACUGAAAAGCUUUGCUGUACGAAGAGAAGUUUCAUAUACUCUGAGACACUAAUAAGUCGGCAGUGAAAUUCUUCCUCAAAGAAUUAAAAAAAAAAAAGGUUCAGGAACUAAUUGGGGUACAAAUGCAAUCCAAUGCUGGAGAAUAUACCCCAAGGAUAAAUGAGAAUUUGGAGGGCAGCAUGAAAAGCUCCAUAUUCAGAACUCUGACAACGACAAGAAUCUGUAUUGGACCUGCUCGGCAUAUUAAGUGAUUUCUCCAGUCCCAAACCAAUUUUGCCUUUGUGAGGCAAGAGAAAAGGCUGAAAUAAAGGGAUGGUAUUGCAUAUUAACAAACAGUUCAGUAUGAAUGAAUUCCUAAAUGCCAGAUUAUUGGAUUGCACAUAAAUUUAACGGUGUGUGUCUGCAUUUUCCUUAAUUAAAACCUAACCCGGAAACCAUCUGUUCCUGGGGAUUAGUUCUUGAGCCCCAAAGGCCUGCCAUCUAAUGCUGAGUUAAUUAUGAACUGCAUUAGUACUUCUUUUCCUUCUGCUUUCUUUCAUGUGCUUUGAGAGAGAGUUAGAAAAUGAUCUUAUCUGUCCCAAUGCAUCAAUAACAUCACCACAUUUUCUCUUCAGUUCCUUAUCUAAAGUUUGAAGAUUUAAAAAAGAAAUCACUUUGUGAUGAUAUAGUGGGAAGAGACAGAUAUUUUCUCUGUAUAAUAUAAAAUCAGAAAAGAAAUUAAACAAUUGACUAGAUGGGAUGCGGGUUAAUUUUUAGCCAUUUCUCUAUCUUAUGAAAGUAUUUGGAGCGGAAGAAACCGCUUUGGAUUAUUGCAAUUUAUUUAUUCGUAUUAUAACAGAUUAUAACACUGACAGAGCUCUAGGCAGUAAACAUAAUCCACCUUUCUCAUGAAUCAUGUGACUUGGCCCGAGAGAUCAUGUCUUGUCUAAUGUCACCCAGAUGGUUGUUGUGCCUAAAGAUGGACUAACACCUGGUCUUCCUGCUAGAUCACUGUGGCUGUUAUUGCCAAUGUAUAAACUGCAAGGUGAACCACCUGUGCUAAUUAACUUUUGCAUCCCCUGAAGAUAAGGUACAAAUAACAUGGUAAGAUGGAGAGUACAGCUAUUUCCCCCCCCCACCCCCACCCCCCAAACACAGAGAUUCAGUGUCUGAAUUAAGCUUGUUUGGGCAAAAAGUAGGGCUUGGCAUUUAAAAAGAUGAGUGCUAUGAGCUGAAUUCCAGAUGAAAUUAGGAGCCAUUAAAGUUCACUGAAAUCAAUACAAGGACCUUUAAGUUCAUUUGAGAUAUCAUCUCUGACGUGGGAAUGCAAGAACUGUUCAGAAUUUUGUUGAAUAUUGUUUAGCAAUUUCUUAGCCUCUGAAUGGUACUAAUUUCUUAGUUUCUCUGGGUGAACUCUGUUGCAGAAUAGAGUAAGACAGUGGUUCUCAACCUGUGGUCCAUGGACCACUGGAGGGUCACAAUGUCAUGGAGUGGGGGGGCGUCCACAAAGGCUUGAAGAAAUGUUACAAUUUAAAUCUUGAGUUAAGCCUUGGGGGUCUGUGGCUACAAAAGGUAUUUAAAGGCGGUCUAUGGUGAAAAAAAAUGGUUGAGAACCACUGGAGUAAAAUCAUAUUGUCGACAUUGGAAGAGCUAGGCAAAAUUUGGUUCCAGCAAAAACUAUUAUUAAAAAUACCUCCUUGCAUUAUUAAAUUACAAUUUCUUACGACAUUUGAUUUAAAGGAAGAAUUGUAUUGAAGCAGGUGUGCUAAAUUGGCUGUACACCGCCUCGGGUCCUUCGGGAGGAGGGCGGUAUAGAAAUUAAAUUAUAAAUAAAUAAAAAGAUAAUUGGAAAAUUUUCUAAAAAUGGAUUUGUUUUUGGAAUACCUAAUCCACACUAAUAACCUAUUUGUUUCUUGGCUUGAAUUGCAUGUCGUCUGCAAGUAGCAAUAAUUGUAGACUGAUUCAGUGGAGGAAAAAGUCUUUGCUUGGGCUCGCAUAGUACAUUAAGCCAUGAUUUGCUUAAUCACAAUUUGAAUAAGCCAUAAUUGGCUUGGUUAAUAUAAUACAAAGCCAAAAAAUAAAUUUUACUGUAGCUUGGGUUUAUACAAGCCCAACUUCUGUAUUUUUGCCUGCAAUAUACAGUAAUUUUCAAUGUUUCAUGUAUUAGAUUCUUUUCUACAGUAAUGUGAUUACGGUACUUUACGGGACUGCAAUAAGCCAGCAAAGAAAAGCCAGCGUUUUAAUUGCCUUAAUUAUAUUUAUGGUGUGUAUUCACUUUCUUACAGGAGUAAGAAAGUGUAAAAUAGCUCAUGAUAAAUAUUUCAUUGAGGACCAAAUGAUGACAGUGUGCGUGUUCAUAUAUAUGUAUAUAUUUUCCAUAUAUCACAGAAAAUAUCUUCUGCUUUUUGUAAUAUAAAUUUGCCUGCUGUUUGUUGCUUGUUA